CCGGAAUUGUGCUUAACUCGCUCUAUGCCUCCGCCGCAGCACCAAAGUCACAGGAUGUUCCUCCCUCCCCCGUCCCCUGGGAUGCUUCAGUCAAAACCUUGUAAAGCAAGAGGAGAAAAUGGUGUUUCUAAAUCUGAGCAGCUGCUGUCGAAUGCCAAACGACGAGAACAUCCUUCUAAUGUGUCUAAUAUCCAUUCAUAUCAGUGUCCUGGUUCUAGAAGGGCUUUCCUAGCUGUUGAAAACAAUAGUCAUCUUUCAUCAUCAUCAUCAUCUUCUUCUUCUUCAAUUGAAGCAACAAAGGGUUGUCUCAGGCUCUUGCUCUCUCACUGUUCAUCAUCACCAUCUUCUGCUGCUGCUGCUAUCACUCAUGGUACUCGCAAAACUGCUUUGAAUCGCCGUUGUCGCACUGGAACUCUCAAAUCGGCUCCCGUUUCGAGUUUUCCUCGCUCCAAACCAUUCCGUUUCAUGAAGGGAAAUGCUUUGUCCGAUCCCGUUUCCAAUAAACUAAACCGAGAUAAGAAAUCCCAAUCUUCCAAAAUUUCAACUUCAUCCAAAGUUCCUGCCGUUUGUGAUCCUGUAAUGGAGUCGCAUUCAGCGUCAGGAGACAUGUUGAAGCAGCCUGAGAAGUCUGAGGAACUUGGGUUCACUCCCAUGGCUGCUACUAAGAAUGAUGGCAAUGGUAAUUGGAAAAACAGGCUCAUGAGUGAUGAGAAACCGAACACUAAAACACCACCCCUGCAGGCUUCGUUUUCUCCCGAGAUUCGGUCGACGGCAACCAUGACAAAAACUCCUGCCUGUUACGCUGCCGGUCAUAUCAUUUCCGGGGUUACCGACAAGAGAAAAUGUAGAGCUAGAGGUGUACUUGCUGUAGCUCAAUCAGGACCCAAUGAUGAGACCAAAACACCACCCCUGCAAGCUUCAUUUUCUCCCGAGAUUCAGUCUACUGCAACCAUGGCAACAACUCCUGCCUGUUACAGUGCUGGCCAUCUCAUUGCUGGGGUGACCGACAAGAGAAAAUGUAAGGCUAGAGGUUUACUUGCUGUAAAUCAAUCAGGGCCGAAUGUUAAUGAUAUCUCAAGUGAUGGCUUUGAAGAAGAUUAUCAGCCCGGACUCGAAAACAAGUUCAGUGUUUCCAUGCUCCCUUCACCUGCUGAGGCUUCAAUGCAUUGGCUUCUGUCUCCUUGCCGUGAGACUGACGAGAAUGAAAUCAAGAAUUCUGCUUCGUUGCACGGCUUGCUCGGAAAACUUAAAACACGUCUUUCUCCUUCAUCACCAUUAUCUGAUCUCGGUUUUUCUUCUGAUUGGUGUAACUUUAGCAAUGACAAAAGUGAUGCUAUUAACGGUGGAACCGGAAAGAGCAGAAGGAGCACAAAUAGUUUACUUAUUUCAAGUCAAGGUCGUCGGUUUCGACUAAGUUCAGAUUGUUUAUCCGCCUGUUCUCCUCUUGUUUCGUCUUCUCCAAAUGCCACACCUUAUUCCGGAGCCGUUCCCCUUAAACAAGAGGAAAAACACUGCUACGGUAUUGAUAGACGAAACUCUCCAUUGUCUGGAGAUACAUUAGGGAGUGAAAAUGUUAUGCAAACCCCAAACUCAGAUUCAAGCAUUGAAAGGCCCGUUAGGCUGUUAUGUUCAAUUUUGAAGGACCACAAGAGACACCAUCAUCAUCAGUCCGUGCUACUUUCAAUGGCUGGAGAUCUCCGGAUGGCGAGCUUGUCUCCCGAGAGCCAUGUAUCGAUAUGGGAUACAACUGGUUCGAGUAUUAAGUUUGAUCAACUGUCUGUAUCUGUACCUUCCAAUUCCAUGGAUCUUUCUCAAUUUCAGCAAAAUUUGGAUGAUCAAUAUUUGUGGACAUCGAGUUCUACAUUUGAGGAUGUGUCACAGUCCGGAAUGAGAAUAUCCUGGAGGGAAGGAUUAGUAAGUCGCAUUUUUGAGAUGGAUGAGUUUGAUAGCUGCAGAUGCCUAUCGGACGAAGAGGAAGACUUGAAUGUGAAUAACCAAAGUCAUGACAUCAAUGUUGAUUCAGGGAAUGUAGAUGGCAAUGGAAUCAGCAAAGAAAAGCUUCAUUCUCCAUUACGUUUAUAUGCAGAGUCCAUUAGCACCGAUGGAGGUGGUUUGGUUCAGUCCACGGAUUCGGAUUGGAACCUUUGUUACAAGAACAGUUUGUUUCAAGCUUAAUCCACGACCUCCUUAUAUGAUGAUGUUCAUAUUCCAAGUCCAUUAGCGCCGGUUUGGCUCGGUCAGAGGAUUCGGAUUAGAACCUUUGCAACAAGAACAGUUUGCUUCAAGUAUAGUUCAGG